AUGUCGAAAACUCAAGGCACCAGCUGUCAACAGAAACAGUGCCCCGCGCAGGAGGAGCAGGUUGAGGAGAAGGCAGAGGUAAAGGAGGAGCCAAAAGCCGAGGUUGCCAAGCAGGAGACCAAAGAUGAAGAGACCAAGAAGGAGGCAAAAGAAUCAAAAGCCGAAGGUUCCAAGAAGCACGACAAGCCUGAAACAAAGAAGGCAGCAAAACCCGCAUCUCCACCAAUGGCGCCUUUGCCUCCCGGCGCGCAAGCCCCUAAGGCCAAAGCAAAGGCUGUUGCCAAACAGCCUGCAAAAGAUACGAAAGAGGCAAAGGCGCUUCCCAAAAAGAAGGUGCAGCAGCCGGGACCCCCUCAGCAGCCUGGUUUGAUCACUCCUGAGACGCAAGCACCCAAAAAGGGAGGCAAAGGAGAGAAGGGCAAGGGGGCCGGCAAGAAGGGCAGCUUUCCAGGUGUACAGCUUUGUGUCAGGAACUUGGUGAAGGAUGCAACUCCAGAACAGCUCCGAAGCUUGUUCCUGCCGUUUGGUGAAUUGAUUGGCGUGGACGUUAAGAAGAAUACGGAUGGCACAUGCCGUGGCUAUGGCUUCGUGACCUUCACCAACAUGGGUGACGCCAACAAGGCCAUCACUGGUAUGAACAACAAGCAGGUGGAGGGCAAGAACCUCAUUGUCGUGCUAUCUGAUCGCCAGAAAGGGACCACCAAGGCAGAACGUGAGGCAGAGACCCAGGGAAAGGGCAAGGGCAAAGAGCCCAAAGGUGAAAAAGGAAAGGGCACUCAGGGCAAAGGCGGCAAGGCCGCAACCCCCGCCCCAACGCCCCAGGCCGGAUGGCCGUAUGCCCAGAACGAGUCUGCCUAUCCCUAUGCUGGCUACGGCUAUCCCAUGGUCUCGCCCAUGGCUGCCUACGCCAACCAAGGCUAUCCCAAUUCGCAAGCGGCUGCUAUCGCGAUGCAGGCCCAGUUGCUCAGCCAAGCCCAGCAGGCAUUCCAGACCCAGCAGGCUUUCUACAGCAGCCUGACCGGCCUGAACGCUGGCCUGAAUCCGUCACUCAGUCCUAGCAUUGGCGCCAGCAUUGCGCCAUCUCCUCCAGCGGUGAAAUUGCCAUCUGCGCCAGCUCCACCCAGUGCACCAGCCUCAGGUGAUCGGCCUGUACUCAACCAAGAGUAUGAAGGAAAUCUGAAGUCCAUCAGUGCCAAGAACGGAUACGGCUUCAUCUCAUGCGAUGAGACAAAGGCUCACUACAAGCGAGACGUUUUCGUGGAUUCAGCGCUUCUCCCAGAAGGAAUCCAGGUGAACGACAAGGUGAUUUUCUCAUUGGCUCUCAGCGAGAAGGGGCAUCCACGUGCAACCUCCGUGAAAAUGGUUGGACAGGUCCCAGCUCGCUGA